AUGCCGUUUUUUGGUACGUUGCUUAGCAGCAUCCCCUCUUGUGAGCAGCGCCCUACUAACUCAAGGCCAGCAAUUCCGUUUUCAGUGAAAGUUGCCCUUUUCAUGGGUGCAGCAGUAGGUGCAGGUUUUGCGGUUUUGAACAACCAGCAAGUCAUCUUGGAGACUGCAGAAGCGUUUUGCAAUGCGGGUUCAAAACUCUGUCGACAGAAGUUGGAAGCUGCCAAAGUGAGAGCCGCGGGCGUUCGUUAUGCCGACCAAUUUGAAGAUGGGCAGCUUGCUGAUGCCGGGAAAGGCGAGGCGAGAGCAACUGGGUCCAACGUAAGAGACGAUGACAGCAGUUCUGACCUGGUCAGUACCCCGGACACUACAGAUUUCCUGGAGUUGGACACUUCAGAGUUCCUGGAGUUGGAUACUGAUUAUGAGCGCGAGGACGAUGAAGAUUCAGAGGACGAAAAGCAUAGCAACGUCCUGGACUUUCACAAAGUCUCUAGCUUGGACUGA